GUUCUUGUUUCAAAUUCAAAGACGAACACAGAAGACCCGAACAGUUCGUGUUCGUGGAAAGCCCUAAUUCGUAAAACUUUAGAUUUCAAGAUAAAAUAUAUAAGUUGUACGAAUAUUUUUCAUCAAUUCAGUACCAAAUUUGCACCUACAGAGUUUGGGUCGUUGUGAUCAGUGAAAGAUAAGUACAAUGUUGCGCAUUCUGACAUUAUUAUUUCUAUUACAACUCGGCAGGAGUGCCAUGCCACAAGAAGGAUCUAAACCAAAUGGUGAUAGUAUUUGUGCAAAAAAUACGGCAGUGAAUACGAAUUGUCAUUUUAGAAAAGGGUUGCCGGAGCCAUCGUUUCCAGAUGAUGGUAAAUUGCGUUUGUUUGGCAUGCGUUUUUGUCCAUAUUGCCAUCGUCUACAUCUCGUGUUGACUGCCAAGAACAUAUCAUAUAAUUUUGCUUAUAUCAAUCAUGAUGACAAGCCUGAAUGGUAUUUUAAAUUGAAUCCAAACGGUAAACUUCCGGCUUUGCAAUUGAUCAAUGAACCAAAUCAACCGUUUUUAAUUGAAUCAAUGAGAAUUGCCGAAUAUUUGGAUGAAAAAUAUCCAGAAGUGAAAUUGUAUCCAGAGGAUCCAUUGGAAAAAGCACAAACAAAAUCAUGGAUUGAUCGUUUCAGUACAUUUGAAGAUGUUUACGGUCGUUUGGUCUAUAAGAAAAACGAAGAAGAUGUGCAGGAUUCUUUGUUGAACCAAAUUUACACUGAGAUUGGACAUUUCGAAGCCGAAUUGAAAAAACGUGGAACAAAAUACUUUGGCGGUGCCAAACCGUGUAUUUUUGAUUAUGCGAUUUGGCCACGGUUUGAACGACUCGGUAUUCUUAGUGCGAUCGUCGGAGAAAAAUAUAAUUUUGAUGAAAGAUUCCCGAAAUUGGCGCAAUGGGUUCAGUUGAUGAAAGAAGAUUCGGCUGUUCAAAAGUUCUUUUUAUCGACAGACGUUCAUAAAAAAUACGUUCAAAGUGUCCGAGACGGUCAUCCGAUUUUUAAUUUUUUGGUCGAAGAAUCUUAACGCAAUACCAAAGCAGAAUAGAUUUUUCACUCUCGCAUGAAAUUUGAUUGAAUGUUUAAAUUUAAAUCGCAAGGAAUAUGUAUGUUAAAUUUGCUGUAUGAAAAGGAUAUUUAACAAUAAAAUAGUAUUCAACAAUGAAAA